GAAAUAGUCAUUAGUCCGAGUUACUCACUCUGCAAUUCGCAAGUUCUUCUCAACGCACUUGACAGCAACGCUCCGCUCUUAGAGUUUUCGCUUCGUUUUGAGUUGCGUUCCUCGUCAACUCUCUCUCUUCGUCACCUUUCCGAUCGUCAGUAACCGCUGCGUUCAGAUGGCUCCUAAGGUAGAGGGAGAGCAGAAGGCCGCGAAGAAGGGACCCAAGAAGGAGCCCGCCGCUAAGAAAGCCGUUCCUGCCGGAAAGAAGCCCAUCGGAGAGAAGAAGGAGAAGAAAAAGGCUCGCAAGGCCGUCACGGAGACGUACAAGAUCUACAUCUACAAGGUGCUGAAGCAGGUGCAUCCAGACACGGGGAUUUCGUCCAAGGCCAUGUCGAUCAUGAACUCGUUCAUCAACGAUAUCUUCGAGAAGCUCGCGACGGAGUCGUCGAAGCUCGCGCGGUAUAAUAAGAAGCCGACUAUUACGUCUCGCGAGAUUCAGACGGCUGUGCGGCUGACGCUGCCUGGGGAACUGGCGAAGCACGCUGUUUCUGAAGGGACGAAAGCCGUGACGAAAUUCACGAGCGCAUAAGCUCUUAGUGCUUUUUCUCUUAGUGCAUACUAAUCUCUAUUUUGUAGCAUGUUGAUAGUAGUCUUCUCUAAUCACUCCUAUUAUUUGGCCUCCUAUUAUCAUACCGGAA